CAUUAGUUGCUGCAAGCUUUCCCUAGGCUAUAAUCGCCGAGUCCGCCAGUUGCUCACAGUCGGAGGAAGCAAGUGCAUCUAGCGGAUCGCUCAACAGAACAUCUAUGUUCCACGAAAUGUCUUCACCACCCGGAUUGGAAUGUCAGCGGCUCACGCAACCAGUAAAGCUGGUAGAAGAGCAGGCGGAGCAAGCAAACCUCGAAAUAAGACGUAACUCCUUUAUUCCCUUCAGCCCUACAGUUGUUGAAGCUCUGGAGCAAUGUGAUAUCGAAACAGUCCGGAGGCGACUUGAUGAAGUAGUGAAGCAGGGGCAUCCAGAUACCGGAUGGGCUGCUAUGCACACCGUGUGCCACUCCACCAAGUCGCCAAAGCUUAAAAUUGAGAUCAUCAAGCUCCUGCUAGAGAACGGUGCAGAAGUUAACGAGGCGAUGGGGAACGAAUUCUGGACUCCGUUGCACGCAGCGACUGCGGAAGGGGAUGUAGAAGUUGUGCGAUUCUUACUUGAAAAUGGGGCCCGUAUUGAUGCUGAGGAUGGCCGUUGCGGGACCCCCUUAACGAUAGCUAUUAGCUUCGGAUAUGUGGCCGUAGUCGACCUCCUGUUAGUACAGUGUGGAUCUAACCUUAGGAUUCAGCAUGGGGAUCAUGAAAUAAUUCUGUUACAUUACGCUGCUACAACGAGCCAUGUCGGUGUAAUUGAGCUGCUAUUGGCAAGAGGAGGCUUAAAAGACUUGGAAGCAAAGAACGACGGUGGAGAAACGCCGCUACUUUGCUCUUUGUCCCUGGAUGCUGCAAAUUUCUUCCACAACGAUGACGACUUUAAAGCGACAGAAAAGGUAGUAGAAACGUUGAUCUGCGCUGGUGCUAAUCUCUCUGCAAGAGAUAGCUCUGGAAGAAGCGUCCUUCAUGGUGCUGCCAGAUAUGGGUUCCAUGCUGUCGUUUUGAAAUGUUUAGACAAUGGAAUGGAUAUUAAUGAUGACGGCGGGGGAAUACCACAACCUGUGGGGUGGCAUAGAGACGGGUUCCACUGUACCCCACUCCAACUUGCUGUCUGGGGAGCACAUUUAGAACUCGUGCAGCUUCUACUCAGCUUUGGUGCCAAUCCCUCCUUGCCAGAUUACGAAGGCAAGCACCCGCUCCACUACUUAUUAGAGGGAUGGGACUGGAUAAAGAAUGAUCAGGGGCAGGACCCUAGUCGGGCAUUUGCUAACGCCGUCUCCAUCGCCCGGAUCCUCCUCGACAAUGGAGCUAUCAUAGACGCCAAAGACAACAAACACUAUACGCCCUUCCACCGCGCCGUGGAGGUUGACCCAAAUUGCCUUCCAGUGCUAGAAUUCCUCCUCGUACGAGGUGCAGCUAUAAACACAUGUUCAGACUCUCCGAUUAGUGGCACACCUCUCCAUAGCGCAUGUUCUGAGCCAGUAUGUCUGCGCUUUCUUCUUCAGCACGGAGCGGAUGUGCACAUGCGAGACGUGCAAGGAGCAUCAGCGCUGCAUAGAGCGAGCCAGGACGGCUGGAAAGAAUCGGUUAGCUUGCUGUUAGAGAGCGGUGCUGAUGUGAAUGCGCAAGACGUCGCAGGGAGAGUUCCGCUACAUUACGCUUCGAGGUUCUUGAGGAAGGAUUGUUUAGAUCUGUUAAAGCGCUAUGGAGCUAAUGAGACGUUGCGUGAUUUGCGAGGGAGCUUGCCGGGAGACUAUCUUGCUGUUGAAGAGAAGAAAUUUGAGACGAAGAAGGCGCAGGAUGCUCUAGGUCGAGGAAGAGGUGGUUUUGGAAGAGGAAGGAGAUAAGGCGUAUUUCGGAUGUUGUCUCUUUGGUCCUUUUCACCAUCUAUGGAGCCGUUUAUCGAUUAUUCCUCAGCCUACUGAGGAAAGGCGCGAUGGGUAUUCAGAUACGGUUGUCCAGCCACCAACCGGCGCUGUUCUUGCAAAGGGUACAACCCCGUACUGUGGCUCUUUCUACCAAGUCACGGCUGGGACAGCCUGUGCGGAAAUUAGUCUGGCAAAUUCUAUUCCGUAUGCUCUGUUCCUGGAAGUAAAUCCAUCUCUAUCAAAGUCAACCUGCAACAGCGAUCUCAUCGAUAACUUGUACUACUGCGUUGCGCCUUACUAUCGCUGGCGCGAAAUGGGACCGUCGUCUACAACCACAGCAUCCUCUACAGCCACUACUUUUGUCACCCCUACAACCCCUCAAACUACAACUAUGGCUACUUCCUCAACCGUUCCUAUUAUUAGCUCAACCACAUAUCCAGCCGCCCCUGCUCCUACUAGCACUGGUACACCGCCUCAGUGCAAUUCUUGGUAUACCAUUAAGAAUGGAGAUACGUGCGACACAAUCAAUUCUGCGUACGGAAUCUCACGAUCACAAUUGGUCAUCUGGAACGGUUAUCUUAAUACUGCCUGUGAUAAUCUCUCUAUCGGAUACUCUGUCUGUGUAGCAAGCCCUCUGGUGUUCUAAUUCUAGAUUUCCCUUAGGUGCUACGUAGGUGUUACAACUUCACGAACUCUGGCGAAUCAAAUUAUACUUUCGAACCAAGACACUACGAUGACAGUUGAGCUUUGUUAGCAAACAUGUCGAUCGAAUGGAUAUACUUUCGCUAGCCUCGAAUACGCCCACUAAUGUUAGUGUGCUAACUCCAUACUGAAUAAUGGCCCUGCGACAUCAGGCUGUACCAGUCCAUGCCUAGCAAACACUGUCGAGAUGUGCGGUGGCAGUAACAGGAUUAAUGUAUACUCAAUCGGCGAUGAUACGAUUGUUGGAUGUUAUGUCGACUCUUCUAUGUCACGUACUCUAAGAAACCGUGUUGCGGUUCCAAAGGAAACAACAAUAAUGACACACUAAGUAUGAGCUGGUUAUCAAAUUUCUAGCGUUGAGUACAAAUGGGAAUGCUACUGUGAUAACUUUAUCAACGGCGCUGUUGCCUCGAGUGGAUGUGAUAUGACAUGCGCUGGUAACUUAAACCAGAUCUGCGGAGGUUCAAAUCGCAUAACCAUAUUAGCAAGACCGCAGUCUAGAUAUGUUGGUUGCUUCUCAGAUUCAGCCACGGCUCGCACGCUAGCAAAUAGAUAUUCCAUUGCGAAUGAGGGCGCAAUCAUGACGGUUGACCUAUGUCGGAAUACCUGUAGAACCGCCGGUUACAUAUACUUAGGCGUUGAGUUUGGCUAGCAGUGUUUCUGUGGCAAUUCCAUUCAAACGACAGGCACCAUCAGUACAGGGUGUACUAUGGCCUGUGCAGGCAAUGCGACUCAGAUCUGUGGCGGAUCUAACAGAGUGAGUAUAUACUCGUUAUAAUUAGAGGUAUAAUAGAAAUCACACGCAGAGUAAAGAUGGAAAAUCUGAUUAGGAGAAAUUGAAUAGUUGAAGCGUGUACCAUUUUAGACUUAAUGACAGCGUCUUUUCUUGCGAGGGGUUAGCUUAACGCUAUGCAAUACCUAAUAGACCUAGCAAUGGUCGUGAAGUGGGAAAGAGAAGGUAAACAGGAUACACAUUAAACUAAAGGCGUAAAUUCAAGCAGGGAAUAAUGGCAUCAUAUUGCAAAAAUUAGCCUAGUUUAUCG